UACUUUCAAAUUAUUUUCUCUGUAGAUGUUUGGUCAGCUGGCUGUGUUCUAGCAGAACUACUACUAGGACAACCAAUUUUUCCAGGUGAUAGUGGUGUAGAUCAGUUAGUGGAAAUAAUUAAAGUGCUUGGAACACCUACAAAGGAACAAAUCAGAGAAAUGAAUCGGAAUUAUACAGAAUUUAAAUUUCCACAGAUUAAAGCACAUCCAUGGCAAAAGGUUUUCAGAGCUCGAACUCCUCCCGAAGCAAUAGAUUUAGUAUCAAGACUACUGGAAUAUACUCCAUCUGCUCGUAUUACACCGCUUCAAGCUUGUGCACAUACUUUCUUUGAUGAGCUUCGCGAACCUGGUACCAAAUUACCAAAUGGUCGAGAACUCCCUCCAUUAUUUAACUUUACUGAAAAUGAAUUAGGAAUCCAGCCCUCCUUAAACUCCAUCCUUAUUCCUCCUCAUAUUCGCAACAGUAGUAAUAAUCCACAUGGAUCUUUAUCGAACAAUCCCGGAAGUGUUGAUAGUAGUUCUUCUGGUAUGAAUCCUCAUGGAGGAGGUCCUGGCGGAUCGUCUGGAACAGACAUGGCAAAUUCUGUCUCUCUCUCUGGCUCUGGUGUUGAUCCUUCUGUAACAGCAACAAAUCAGUUGGGAACUUCUGCCACAGCAUGACAUUAGUUUUUCCUACUUGGAUCAAAAGGCAGCUGUGCCAUUUCAGCGAUUUUCUUCAGAAGGUAAUAUAAUGUAAUGGAAAAUGGUACAGUGAUGGUCACUUUCAGAAACAGUGAAAGAUGGUAGAAAAUGCAUUGAAAGCGAAGUGGCAUUUGAUCAAGCCAGCCAAAUCAGAAGUUUUCCUUUUGUCUGUUGUAAAGCUUAGUGCAGUUUUCACUGUAACUACAAGUAACAUAUUUUGCCUGUAUGUGUGCAACAGGCUGUAAAUAGCUGCCAGGUUUAAAAUUAUAGUAAUGAAGACUUAAUUAUUAUCCCCUCUAAAAUAUUGUUGAUUGAAAGUGCACAAGAUUGUUCACUAAAGAUAUAUGAUGCAAAAGAUAUUUCCAAUAAUUCUUUGCAUCUAAUUAGUCAGCACUUUCAUUAUAUCAGUGAGGCAGAUUGAUUAAUCAAGGAAACAGUUAUAUAGAUACAAGUUGACUAUUGGAUAAGAGGGAAAGAGAAUCAUUUUAUGAUUUAAAAUAUCUAUAAAGGACUUGAUAGAUGUAGGGUGCCCUGUUCAGUGGUUUUUUCUUUUUUUUUUUUUUGCACAGAUGUGUGUAUUUUAUAGUGCAAGAUAAAACUCUUAAAAAAAUUUAAAAUCUCUGUAUUAUUAGAGAUUUGUGAUGUGAUUAUGUGAAUUUAUGUUGACUAGAUCUUAUUUUUGAUGUCUCUUUUUAUGAGCAUCAUUUUAUCUGAUUUCUCAAUUUUAAAUAUAAAUAAUUAUAAAUAGGUAAAUAUCAUAAAAUUGUCUAUUUUAGUCUUUGUGCUGUAAUUGAAAUAACUAAUUAGUUUUUGUACAUAUUAUGUGUGAUUAUUAUAAUCUUACAUAAUUGUUACGAGCUGUAUAGGUUACAUUUAGGCUUAAAAUUUUGUACAUAAUAUUUUUCUCUUAGGAUAGUUUUGUUAUUGAUAGCUAUGAGAAAUUAAAUUUGUGAAUUAAAUGUUGAUUUUCACAUUGAUCUCUGUAAAAAUUUUAUGUUGACUGUACAGGGCAUCACUACUAAUAGAUGUGUGUUUAAAGUAAUAAUUUUUUUUUUCCUCAUGUAUAUUAUUUUUCGAAAUUGUUUUGUCUUGUAUUAUUGUAAAUUCCAAAUUUUCAUCAAAAUUGAAUAUUUAAAAUAUUAUUUUAGAUUGGUAUUAAAAAUGGUUUUUGAUAUAUUUAAAAUUUUAAAAACAAAUUAAUACAAAAUUUCUCUUCUUCCAAAAGUGUCCUCUUGUCUGCCAUAUGAUAUUAAAUUGAUAGUUACAAAAAUCUAGCUAUCAGUAUUUAUAUCAGCUGUAUAGAAGCUACCUCAUAAAAUCAAAUAAUUUCAUUAAUUUUUUUUUUAAUUCUAAUUUUACAAAUCAUAUGGUACUCUGUAUAAAUGUAUAUGUGUGUGUGAAUAUACUUCUGUACAUAAACACACAUUUAUACUGUAUGUAUGCAUAUCAGUUGUUUUGAGCAUUCUGGAUAGUUAAUAAUUUAGUGCUAAAGUACAAGGUUGUUUGACAAACAAAUAAAAUUAAUAAAUAUUUGAGCUCUAUUUAAUUCAUAAAAAUUCUUCCUUCCUCCAAAUUUUCUACACUUUCUGCAGAAUUGGAAAUGAAACAAUAGUUAACUUGGUAUUUUUAGCAGUCCAGUGCUGUAAGAAUGUAUUGCUAACUACUUGAGGGAUUGUAAAAAAGUUCCAUUCCAUUGUAGUUUAAAUAGGGCACUUGUGGAAAAAGUUUGGAACACCCAUUAAUUGCUUAUUCUGUCUGUAAUAUUUAUUGUAGUCAAAAUGCUUGUGAAGAGUACAGAUACAUAUCUAACUCUUAUCCCUGUGGAUAAUGCAUAGUCAAAAUUUAUUAUUUAUCCACAGUAUUUGAGUUAGAUCUGAUAUAAUUUUUAAUUUGUUGAAUUAGACUAAAGAGCAUGUAAAUUGUAAAUUAAAUGUUUUAUGGUUUUUGAA